GAUGAAAACAAUGACGGCAAAAUUGACAUGGAAGAACUAAAACGAUUUGUAAACGGACCAAAAUUUUGGAAGGCUGUUUGGGUCGUCGAGAACAGCGAAGAGGCUAUCAAUAAAUAUCGCUCUUUCUUUACUGAAGGAAAAUUAAAAAAACUGGAUAUUGAUGGAAAUGGAAAGGUUGACGAUGCGGAGUUGAGGGGAUAUUCCUUGCAAUAUAUUAAAGAAUGGAUGGACAUUGAUCAUGAUGGCGUCAUUAGCAAAUGGGAAUUUGAAAUGAAUAUGGUAAUUUUUAAAAUAUUUGGGAUAGAUUGGAAUUGA